AUGACGCCGCUUUUCCUGCUCUGGCUCUUGCUUUUGUCGGUCCAUGCUAAUCAACAAGGCCUGGAGCAGAUCUCCCAGCUCUGGAACAACAGCAUCGACCUUACAGUAGAUCCGUGUGAAGACCUGUUCGAGUUUACGUGUGGAAAUUGGGUCCGGAACAAUCCUAUACCUAAAGAUAGGGCCUAUAUCGACAAGUACAGCCAGUUGGGGGAUGUGGUCAACCGGCAGACUAAAAGUAAACUUCUAAUGGUUAUCACUAUUUUUAUAGAUUAUAUUGUAAAAGUAGUAUAGUAAAAGUCAUUUUAAAAUGAGUUUGUUGAGACUUACAAUGUUUUCAGAAUUGUAUGACUCUGAUAAGGUGGAUAAUUCGACCGCCAUCUCAAAGCUUCGUAUGUUCUACACAUCGUGCAUGAAUAAUACUGGCAAAAACACGGAGAAGACUUCUGAACUGCUUGGGUUCAUAAAUGUAAGAUAUCACUGCAACAUAAUUUUUUAAAAUUAUCUUUCAUAGUGUAUUAAAAAUUUGCAGAAAAUAGGAGUUUGGCCAGUAAUUCACAAUGACGGCCAAUUUAAUGACACAGACUUUGAUCUGACUGGCUACUUGGCUCGUAUGGCCAGCAUCAGAGCUAUGGACGUGUUCUUCGCCGCCUACGGUAACGUGGACUUGAACAAUGUCAGCAGAACGUUGAUCCACUUCGAGAAAGGGAGCCUGGGCAUGGCUAUUCCUCAGUUCUAUCUGGAGCCGAAGCGAUUCAGAAGACAGGUCUCAGCGUACGAACAGUACAUGCGGACGGUGAUUAAUCUGAUUCUGAAGGAUACUGGAAUGCAGAUCUCUCGUUCUCAGAUCAACAAUGACGUCAGGGACAUUAUCUACUUCGAGAAGCAGUUCGCUCACGUCACUUUGGAGAGCUUGAACACCAACCACAACUUCUCGUCCACGAUGAAGUCACGGAAGCUAUCUGACAUGGACAGAUUGAUGCCAGUGGUAAGUGUACAUUAUAGAUACCGUUACAAGUCAAAAACUUACAGUACCUUUAAAUUAAAAACCAAUUCCAAUUAGCAGCAAUAUUUCAGAUCGACUGGAAGAGAUACUUCAACACCAUUAUGCCAAAAGAAGUCAACGAAUACAUCAACAGUGAUCCUGAUGUCAUAAUCGCCAACCCACGGUUCUUCGUAGCUCUGAAUCAUCUACUAGAGAAAACCCCGUCAAGAAUCUUGGCCAACGUAAUGUUAUGGAGAUUCGCUGAUGCUUGGUGGCUACAGUUGGACCAGCGUUUCGAAGAAGUACGACAUGUAAGUUAAACACUAUGAUACUAAUGUAGAAUGGUAGGAUUACAUCAGAAGAGUCAUCGGAACCGUAGCGAAGUCUCCCAGAUGGAAAGAGUGUAGCGCAGUGUCAGCCAUGGCCUUAGCGUACGCUUCUGAUGCUCUGUAUCUGAAGGAGCACUUCGAAGCCAAAGACAGGGAAAUGGUACUGGAUCUGUUUGAAGAGUUGAAGACAGAAUUCAUAGAAUUGUUGAAGUCUAGUGAUUGGAUGGACAUUGAGACAAGAGAAUAUGCCAUUGAAAAAGUAAGUCCUCAGUACAAGGGCUAUUAUAAUGCCACAAUAAUAAGGUAAAUGAUUAAUAAUUGUAUAGCAUGUUCAUCAUAUCUUUAUAUAAAACUUCAGGCCCGCGACAUGAUAGUUCUUGUGGGUGCCCAGAAGAUCGUGUACAAUAUCACUGCUAUCGACGACUUCUAUAAAGAGGUAAGUUAUAACAACCCAUUAUGAAAAACAUUCCUAUUUACAGUUAAACUUCACCGAAGAAGACACAUACGGUACAAUCGUGCGCAAACAUUCGUUGUGGAAACAGAAGCGAGCAGCUCGAGACCUUCUGAAGCCGGUCGAUCGUUACCGAUUGCCAAUGAGUGCCACUACAGUCAAUGCUGCUUAUACUUUUGUGAAAAACGCAUUGAGUACGUACUAUAACAUAAGCGUGGUCAUUAUAAUGAUAAAAUUUUAAAAAUAAUACAAUAUUUUAGCCGUACCAAGUGCAAUUCUGCAACCUCCAUUCUUUGGCAGCAAAUUCCCAAAAGCUACGAAUUACGGAGCCAUUGGAUCUAUUAUUAGCCACGAAAUUGUCCAUGGCUUUGACAUGCAAGGUAAGCUACAAUUAUCAUUACUUAUUCUUUUAGGUCGUCAAUUCGACAAAGUCGGUAAUCGCAAAAACUGGUGGAACAACGAAACGGAGUCAGAGUUCCUCAACAGAACAGAGUGUAUGAUAAAACAAUAUGCAUCUCACAAGGUUGAAGGUACAGAUAUGCACAUAGAUGGAUUCGGAACACAAGGAGAGAACAUUGCGGACAAUGGUGGCAUCAAACAAGCCUUCAGAGCCUACAAAAAGUAUUUGCAAAAAGAAGGAGAAGAGCCAAGAGUGCCUGGCUUCGAACAGUUUGAUAACAAACAAAUGUUCUUCAUCAGCUAUGCUAUGGUAAGAUCCUUCAGCUAACUUUUGACUCUUACAAUCAUAAAACGUACUAUAACACAUACCUUACAACUACAGAGUUAUUGUGGCCAUGCCAAGCCAGAAGAAGCUACACGCCAAGUCUUUUCUGACAGCCACGCACCAUCCAAAUACCGAAUAAACAUAGUAGCGUCAAAUCAACCAGAGUUCGCAGAAGCAUUCAAGUGCUCAGAAACCGCACAAAUGAAUCCAAAACAACGCUGCUACGUGUGGUAA